CAGGAUCAGGUGUUAGAGUUUCCGUGCGUGGGUGCAACAAGCAACCCCCCCUGGAGCCAUGCGGUCCCGUGCGGGCAGUAUGGACAGUACCGCGCGCAGCGGUUCCGCCACGAACGCCUUCCGCAGCACGGCGCCGGUGUUGCUGGGCCGGCUGAGGCCAAAGCAGCUUCUGGGCGAUGUUCGUUCCGUGGAAGAGGAGAAGCUUCAUCCGACACCUACACCUGAGAAGCUUUCAAGAAGACCACCUGGGCUGAGAAUUCCAAGGCGCCUCGUGGGCGUUCCCGUGGAGCUGCCGACGCCGCGCACGGCGCUGUCCAGCCGCGCCACCUCGCGCGGCAGCGUGGGCAGCAUGGAGUCGACCAGGUCAGGCCGGUUCAUGUCGGAGCGGCUGGACGAGGCUGUCGAGCGGCCGGACGACCCGGAGAGCCAGGUCGAGGCCGCGCGAGAGCCUGCUGCCUUCAAGCCACUGCAGACGUGGACACGGUUGAGACCCCGCGAAUUGGCGCCCAUGCCCAACAUGGAAGCCUUGCUGGGCAUCGGCCCGGCGAUCUCCUUGGGCCACGGGCUUUUGUGGCCAGGCUCCUUCCAAGAGUAUGCCAUGGGCUGGAUGCCAGGGAUGAACAUCGCAGGCGUGGCCUUGGGCCUGGCGGAGUUUGGGCGCCUGCUGCGAGACCAACGGGUGAACCUGGACUAUGCCGCGCGUUCGCGCGUGUGCGAGUUGGCCUGCGGCCGCGGGGCGCUGGGCAUUGACUUCCCGUCCUUCCUGGGCCUCGUCGAGGAGACGGCGCGCAAGGCCACCUUCGCCGAGGACCUCUCGGCGAGCGAACCCUGGCGUCGGAACACGGCGCGCAGCAAGAAUGGGCCUGACGAGGUGGCCCUGCGCGUGCUGCGGGCCGUCUUCAACUCCUACGACGUCGGCCGCCGGGGCGAGCUGGCGCGGGAGGAUUACAUGCGGUUGCUGCGCGAUCGCGGGCAGGUGCCCCGGACGCCGGAGGAGGUGAGUGACCUGCGGAGGCAGCUGGCCUUCUGCCGGGAGGAUGGUUUACCAGGCGCACUGGACUUUACAGCGUUCCUCAGGUUUUUAGUCUUCCUCAGCGGACGAUGAGCCCCUGAGCCAGCGUACUUUAGGGCAGCUGUGGGUGAUCUGCGCGGAAAAGCUGCGCAGAGUCUCAUUCACUCGCGGAAGAGCUGCGUACUGUCACGGCGUGUUUGAACAGCACAGGGCGCCGGCACUGUGGCUGCAAAAGGCAGCCGGAAUGUCACAGUGUGUGGAAUGAAGAGAUGGAAAA